GUGAGACUAAAAAUCUUGGGAAAUCAGUGUGAAAAAAAAGACUUGUAUUUACAAGUAGAAACAUACUUGUAUGCAUUUGAUAUGUUUUCGUAUUUUCAUGUAUUUUUGUUUUAUUAUUACAAAAAGGAUGGAUGGUUGAAUAAUGUCAUGAAGGGUGUUGGUUAUGUAUCGUACGUCAUGUUUCCUCUGUACCAGUCAUGCGUAAUCUUGCGCUCAGUGUUGGUUGGACACGGACUGCACACACCGGUGAGGAAUAAAUAUCCAAGCAACCCACCUUUUAACUUAAUACCACAAACUUUUCUAGUGAUAACAUCUUUCAUGUUGGAUGCAUAUUGGAUGGACAGUCAGCAUCACUUAUUCCAGCUGUUGAGCAGCGCGCGCGAUUUAUUCCAGGAGCUCCUGGGACCCUUUCUGUUCAGUAUCUGAUCGCGUCGCGCAGCCAAAUGGUAUGGUUUUCAGCUUAGUUUUUGGGUUGUCCUGAAGCAGAAUCGCAUAUAUUCGGACCGAUAUGAAAAUUACAUUCGGUUCCGUGGUCAUCGGCGGGGGUUUAACGGGUGUUCUCAGUUUCAUUUCUUUAGCGCUUGCCAUUGGAACCGAAUACUGGUACAUCAUCGAGGACACGCGCACGAAUCACACCGACCCGGCGCGCACUAACUCUGGACUUUGGGGAGUUACAGAUGAUGUCCAAAGUCACACAGAAGACACUGGAUAUUCAGAAUCAGAAAGGCAGAUGGAAAUCAUGCAUAGCGUGAUUGCCAUCUUGCUGCCCUUGAGUCUGGUGAUGCUGGUGUUUGGAGGAAUCUGUGGUCUCGUCAGUUCCCUGGCCAGAAGCCGGGCACUUCUCAUCGGAUCUGCUUCAUAUUUCCUCCUGUGCAGUCUUCUCACUCUCUCUGGGGUGAGUCUGUACAUCAGGUACUCUCAGAAGGCUCUGGAAGAAACUGAAAGGCGGAUGGGCCGUGAGCAAAUGGCUCUAGUGCAUACAUCAUUCGGCUGGUCUAUGGGCAUGGCCUGGAUCUCCUUUCUACUGGAGGUGAUCACAGGUCUUCUCCUACUGCUGGCUGUCAGGCUGGUGCCUUUAACCCAGUAUGAAGAGUCUGUCGCCCCCAUAUAGAGACUCACCACCACCUACUUGAACCAUACAUGUCCAUUUCAGGCAAGGUAGUCAGUAUUUGUCAAGGUAAGGCCUCCUCUCUGUCUUACAUUGUUAGCAAAUAUACAAUGGAGAAAAAAAGAAGUUUGAUUUGUUUUCAAAACUAAUUUCACAUGCUUAAGAUCAUGAAAAACAUUUCUUUUGACUAGUAGUGUAGAUAUGGACAACCAAAUUGCCCUUUGCAAUAUGCAAAAAGAUAUCAGAGAUGGAUAUCAAAACUGUUAAGUAAAUUUCAUUUAAUUUCAAUCUGUUUCUUUCUCUGAGCUCUUUUACAAUUUAUAGAAUACAGACCAAUUCAAAGGCAAAAUUGCUACUGUAAUUACUAGUAAAUUUCAUGUGUUUUGCGCCUCUCUAUUGUAUUAUCUUUUAUGCUGGGCUUCGGCUUCAGCUCUUGCUGUUAUAAUCCUUGAUUUUAAAUUAUGAACGGAGCAUGUAAAAGGAAGCGUGACCUUACUGUAUAUGUUUUGCAGCCAUCCAUUGUUCAUUAAAUAUGUGUAGUUUAUGAAAAGGCUUUUCUGAACACAAUUCAUUUGAAUUUUGCAGUUUGAUUUGCUUUAUAUUUGAUAUCUUCUUUGAUGUUUUAUAUUCAGCCUUCUGAAACUUAACAUUUCAUGAUUGAGGGCUUUGAAUUUUUAAACUUUGAUCUUUUCAUGAGUCGGGCUGUCGCGUUUAGAAAAUAAGUGCUAAGAUGGAUCAUAUCUAAUCAUAGUUAUUUGUCUUACAUUUCUAUCCAUCAAACCCAAACAAGCAGAUUUAAUUUGUAAUCUCAAAAUCCCUGAGAAGCUAUGUCUUGUGAAUGCUGUUGUUCUUAAAAUACUGUUCUCAUAAACAGUGUUUUGCUUUUAAUACAAUCUUCUCAUUUAAAUGUAUGUUUAAGUGCUUUGCACUUUAGCUUGAUUGGUAGCUGUUGUUGUUUGUCAUUUCUAGUUGUUAUAUUGUAAUUUUUAUUAUUCUGAUUUUGGUUUAUGGCAACAGUGAGGAACAUUAUGCUUCUAGAUAUUCAUCCAUAUUAAAGCUUAACUGAAUUGUCUGUAUGUAAAGGUUUUUGUAUUUGAACUUUUUUGGACUUUUGUUUUACAAAAAUGUAUAAAAAAAUAACAUAUUUGUGCACCAAAAGGCUGGGCAAACGUGACUUACAGACAAAUAAAAAUAAUCAGGGACAACUAUAAUAUUUCUAAUUCUUAGUAUACACUCUGAUCAUAUAUGUAAACAAAGCUUUAAAAUAUCAACAACAAAGGAAGAAAUGUGACCCACAGUAGUGAUUCAAAAGGUGCUUUUGGCACACUUGGAUUAACUUCUGAAUCAUAAAGAACGUAUUGCCUUAAAUGAGCACCCCUGUGGGUUAAAUGUUUUCUAUGCAGGAUAACAGUAGCCAUAGACGUCAGAGCUUGAUGUCUGCUUUAACACUUUCAGAGGGUGACAAGCUCUAACAGAGGCAAGAAAUCAGAAUCAUUCAACUUCAUUUUCAGGUGUGGAAAGAAAAUUGAACAAGUGAGUGAUGAGACUGCCUUUUUUAAUUGAAAAAACAUUGGUCUUGAUGCUUUUGAAAUUGAUUAUUGUUAAUUUGUCUUAUUACAGCCUUAUUGUCUUAUUUUCAUUUAAAGACCAGGCUGGUCUGUAAGCAUAGAUUACCAAAUGCUGCAUCCCAAACAGAUGUAAAUGUUUUUUGUUGAAUUAUUCACAAACUAUAAAUUGUGCUUUGUUGCCAUCCCUAAUAAAAUGUUUGACAGCCUCUA